GGUUGGCAGAUCACUCUCUUUAUUAUACAUGGACCUAGACAUUCAGACACAUUCAUUGAGGGACAAGUCCAACAGCUAGCAGCGAGGGGAGUCUCGUCUGGCUCGCUCGCUUUUCCCCCUUUCAUCCCCUCGUCUCCUCCCUCCCUCCCUCCUCCCUCCCCACCUACCUCUUCGCGCUCCAAAUUUCGGACAAAGACAUUCGUUGAUCAUCCUAUUCUCGCCACUGGGGCGAAAUAACAAUGACCACCCUCUCUCCUUUCCGAUACGUUCAAUUAUGUCGAUAUAUCCUUCAACAUGUCAUGGAGAGGUCUGUAACCCUCAACAAGGGCAAGGGGAAGGCUAUGCAUCCUUACCCUUCGCUCGCACUCGCUACAGCAGCAGCUGAAACCAGCAGAGGGGGCGAAAGAUCAUACCCUCCGCCGCCAGGUAUGAUUGGAUCAUCAUCCUCCUCAUCGUCUGGCUCUUCAAGCUCCAGAGGACCUCCCAAUUAUCGAUUCCCAUCGCUUGGUCCGGACCCUCAGGAACCUGCUGAACCGACAGAAAUUUAUAGGUUGAUGAAUGACGAACGUUUGUCCAUACCCGGUGCUGUCAAACCGCCGAGAGAGGUCGUCGUCUUGUGUCAUGGCCUCUACGGCUUCUCAACGGCAACACCCAUUCCACUCUUUCCUUCGCUCAAACUCCACUACUGGGCUUCGGUGCUGGAUGUCCUACGCGACAAAAUGGGCGCCAACGUUCUCGUUGUGGGAGUCAAAGGUACCGGCUCAGUCAAAGAACGCGCUGAACAAAUGCACAAAUUCUUAUCGGACACUCUUCCCCGUGGAUCCGGGGUCAACUUUGUAGCUCAUUCCAUGGGCGGGCUCGAUGUCCGUCAUCUCAUUUCGAUCAUCAAACCGACUUCCUACACUCCGUUAUCACUAACGACUAUCGGUACACCUCAUCGUGGAAGCCCAUUCAUGGAUUGGUGUUCCGCCAAUAUUGGUGUGGGGUCGAACGGAGGAGGAUCAGCAGCAGGUGCUGCCAUGGCCGCUGCCGCUAGUAUGGCUGGUUCGACCAAAGAUGGAUCAGGACUUCCAUUUUCCCUCAAAUCACCUCUUUUGGCCGCUUCGGCUGAACAGGCCGCCAAAGAUUCAGGUGGUCUCGCAGGCUUUUCAAGCGCUUUAUCACGCUACCUCCUGGGAAUCUUUGACUCACCUGCCUACUCCAACUUGACCAUCGGGUUCUUACGAGACGAAUUCAACCCUGAAACGCCGGAUUCUCCAAAUGUCAAAUACACGUCUGUCGCUGGUCGCGUCCCGAAGCUCUCCGUCUUCCAUCCCCUGUGGUUCCCCAAGUUGGUUCUCGAUGCAGCAGCUGAAAAGGGAUACUCGGAGCCAGAGGGAAAGACGGGCAAAGAUUACGAAGGCAACGACGGUCUAGUGAGCGUCAGCAGUGCGAAAUGGGGCGAAUUCCUGGGUGUGGUGGACGACACGCAUCACUGGGAUUUGCGUGGAGAAGGUGGCAUUUGGCCCAAUGGCGUGGGAGCUUCCAAGAAAGAGAAGGAUCAGGCGAAAAAGUCGGAAAAGGACGAGAUUCCAGGCGAGGAGCUCGUGAUGCCGGGUGGAGAUUGGGAUCAUAGCUACGAGAUUGAUCUGGGUUUGGGCGACAAGAUACUCAAGACGGCAUCUGCGGUAGCUGAGCAAGCUUCUACUGUCUUCCCUGCUCCCUCCAAGGGCGCUUCCCAAUCGUCGUCGUCGUCGUCGUCGUCUUCUCAGGACAAGAAGAACGACUCGUCUGCCUCUUGGGACGUUGCGCAAGUCGGCCAAGUCCUCGAUUGGGUCACAGAUCUUUUACCUGGUGGUAAGAGCACCGAGAUUGGUCGACAACAGUUGGAAGAGGCUUCCAGGCAGGGAGCGAGUGCGGGAGCAAAGGAGAAACAGAGAGAAAAGGAGAGAGAAAAGAAGCGGAAGAAGGAGUUCGAUCUGGAUAGAUUCUAUGGUGGCCUGAUGAUAAAAUUGAGGGAGGAUGGGUUCUGAGUCAGCAACAUCUAAUCUGAACCGCUUGAAACCAUGUGUGAUCCUACUCUGUACGCAUCGUCAUCAAAUCUGUAUGCAUAGCGACGAUAACUCGUG